GAUAAGAUUUGUGUUAUUUAGCAAGGAACAUUCUUUGUACAUCUGAGAAAAAAUUAAAAUUUACGGAUUAAAUUUGCAUUUGAACAGAAUCUUUGCAAUAAUGAAUUUAAUUACAGCCAUCAAAUUGUACGUGGAAAAAAUGUGUAAUGAAUCAGGGCCGGGAAUGAAGACUAUUUUGCUGGACAAAGAGACGACAAGUAUAAUAUCAAUGGCUUUCAGCCAAUCGGACAUGCUGCAACGUGAGGUCUAUUUAUUCGAACGUCUUGAUUCAGGUCGUUCUAAUGAGCGCAUGAAAAAUCUUAAAUGCAUUGUAUUUAUUAGGCCUACUAAACAAAACAUACAGCUGUUAGCCGAUGAACUCCGCAGUCCCAAAUAUGGUGCAUAUUUUAUUUAUUUCAGUAACAUCAUUCCACGCACCGACAUUAAAUAUUUAGCCGAGUGCGAUGAAAGUGAAUCAGUACGCGAAGUGAAAGAAGUAUACGCAGACUAUCUGUGUGUAAACCCAAAUUUGUUUUCACUCAACAUUAAUAGUAGUAUGCAUCGUCUAAAUUGGCUGCCCGACGCGCUUGGUCGCACAGUACAAGGCGUGUUAGCCGUAUUAUUAUCUCUUAAACUCAAUCCGGUUAUACGAUAUCGCGCUGGUUCAGCUGUAUCGCAAACAUUGGCAAAGCAAAUAUAUGAGCAAAUUUGCAAGGAGUCGAGUCUUUUUGAUUUUUCACGCACCCAUGAGAAUGGUGCAGCACCACCAUUACUGCUUAUAUUGGAUCGCCGUGACGAUCCUGUUACGCCAUUGUUGCAUCAAUGGACCUAUCAAGCAAUGGUCCAUGAACUAUUAAAUAUACAUAACAACCGCGUUGAUCUCUCCAACAUACCGGGUAUACCGAAAGAUUAUAGAGAGCUCGUUUUAUCCGGUGAUCAGGAUGAGUUUUACGGCAAUAAUAUGUACGCAAAUUUCGGUGAAAUAGGUUCUACAAUCAAAAACUUAAUGGAGGAGUUUCAGCGUAAAGCUAAGGAUCAUAAAAAAGUGGAGAGUAUAGCUGACAUGAAGAAUUUCAUUGAAACAUAUCCACAGUUCAAGAAAAUGUCUGGUACGGUACAAAAACAUCUCUGCAUAAUGGGUGAAUUGUCAGCACUUACUACUAAACGGAACCUUUUCGAAGUAUCCGAAUUGGAGCAGGAAGUUGCCUGUAAAGCGGAACAUUCGGCACAGUUACAGCGUAUACGCAAAAUUAUAGCCGAUGAACGCAUAUCAGUCGAUGAUGCUAUCAAAUUAGUGGCGCUUUAUGCAUUGCGUUAUGAACGACACGCCAAUUGUGAUACAUCUAGCUUAUUGCAAAUUAUUAAAACACGUGGUGGGAAAACAGCAAUCGUGCCUAGUUUAAUUGAAUAUGCUGGUACGCAUAUGAGGCAAGGAGAAAUAUUCAACUUGGUGCGCAUAUCUGAUGCCGUCAAACUAACCCGAAAUUUAAUUAAGGGCCUAAAGGGCGUGGAAAACGUUUUCACACAACAUACACCACUGCUCAAAGAAACUUUGGAGGAAGUUUUCAAGGGUCGUGAACUAGAUCCUAUGUACCCCGCCAUUAAUUCUGAACUUGUGCCAUUUCGUCGUCCACCGCAAGAGGUGGUGGUGUUCAUCAUUGGCGGCGCAACUUAUGAAGAAGCCCUUGCAGUACAUCAGCUUAAUAAUGCCGGUUACAAAGUGAUUUUGGGUGGCACCACAAUACACAAUUCAGAAAGUUUCAUAAAUGAGGUUUUGAACGCCACCGAUGGUAUGCAAUUUAAACACACGAAAACAAUGUUAAAAUACAUUUCCAGUGAUAACUAUUAAAUUAUGUUGUUGGACCCUCCAAAAGGCUGUAUAUAAUUAUGUUCUAUGUAUGUAUGUACAAGCAUAUGUAAACAUGUAUUUAUUAAUUCUAUAAUAUUCCUGUAUAUGCUAUAUACAAUUUACAUCUGUAUGACUUGUAAUCUUAUUAGUUAUUCGUAUUAUUUAUUAACCUACUAUAAGAUUGAUCGUUAAAAUUGGCACCUUUAAAAAGUAACCACAAAUUUCCAAUGAAUGGUGAAUUUAGUUAGAAGCUACACUAAUUAUUCUCCCUAAAAAUUUUCAGUCAUUCCCAUGAAACAACAAUAUUUUUAUUUAGAAGUUGUAUAUAGUCGCAUUUAUUGAGUUUCCUUGAGCUUUGCUUUUGCUUGCCUUCAUAUUUUUGAACAAUCUUGCUGUAACGAACGUAUGUGACUCUUAUAUUUUUAACUUAUAUACCAUUAAUAACAAAUGUUUUCCAAAAUAUGUAUUAUUCAAUUAUUUAAAUAAAUAUAAGUAACCGUUA